AUGGGAGUUUCUCUAGCUAGUCAGCGAAUGUAUGGAAUGCUCUUCGUCCAUGGAAUAGCGUUCAUGGUGCCCUUCUACAUGACGUUCAGUCGAGAGCGUUUGGCAAUUAUUGUUGGAUGCUAUGCCGCUGCAAUGCUAUCAAUUACCGUUGGUUAUCAUCGUAUGCACAGUCAUCAUUCAUUCAAGCCGUCCCUUAUUGUGAGGUUGUUGGUCGCCUUAUUUGGUGCAUCAGCAUUUCAAGGAAGUAUCAAAUGGUGGGUUGUGAGGCAUAGGCUCCAUCACAGAUUUCCGGACUCCGACAAUGAUCCAUACAAUGCCAGGCGUGGUCUCUGGUAUUCGCAUAUGGGCUGGAUCUUUCAAACCGCACACUACUCCAAACUGAAGGAAAUCGAUGAUUCAGACUUGACUGCAGACAAGAUCGUUGUCUUUCAGAACAAAUAUUUCAACCUCCUUGCCAUAUUCAUGUGCUUCAUAUUCCCCGCAAUGAUCGGCGCCGUGUUCUUCAAUGAUGCUCUGGGUGGGUUGAUGUACGGAGGCUUCGUCAAGGCAGUCUGCCUGUGGCAUGCCACGUUUGCCGUGAAUAGUCUAUCGCAUUGGAAUGGUGAUCAACCAUACACCCUGGAUUCAACGGCCAGAGAUAACUGGUGGCUCUCUUUUCUGACCAAUGGUGAAGGAAACCACAACUUCCAUCACGCUUUCCCUCGAGACUACCGAUGUGGAUCAUACUGGGCGCAAUACGAUCCAACUAAAUGGACGAUAUAUUUGUUGUCACUCGUGAACCUCGCUACUGAUCUGUACAGGAUUGACGAUGAAUCUAUAGAGAAAGAUGCCAUCGUCGUGGGUGAGAUUGUGCUCAAAAAGAGACGUCAAUCUGUGAGCUGGGGCAUUCCAGAUGCGGAUUUGCCUAAAUUUACUAUGCACCAAGUACGAGAACAGUGUUCUCGCAAAGCUAUGAGCUUGCUAGUGAUCGACGGAUAUGUCAUUGACGUCGGAGGCUUUUAUGAAGAUCAUCCAGGAGGCAGAGACCUGUUGGCAGAACUGGUAGGUCAAGAUGCGACAACUGCAUUCUAUGAUCGAGCCCACAAUGAAGGAGCGCAUGUCACCAUGAGAACUCUCGCGGUCGGUAAAUUGAUAGAUUAA